AUGGGGCACGGGACUGGGGAAGCUGGGGCCUUUGCUCUGCUUCACACCCUCCUGUCCACUGGACACGGCACUGUGGCAAGUGACUGUCCCAGUCCAGGCCGUGGCAGUGCCAACAAACGAAAGAAGAAACAGCGACGGAACAGAACCACAUUCAACAGCAGCCAGCUACAGGCACUGGAGAGAGUGUUCGAGCGCACGCACUACCCUGACGCCUUUGUGCGUGAGGAGCUGGCCCGGCGUGUCAACCUCAGCGAGGCCCGUGUCCAGGUCUGGUUCCAGAACCGCCGUGCCAAGUUUCGCCGGAAUGAACGUGCCAUGCUGGCUACCCGCUCUGCCUCACUGCUCAAGUCUUAUGGCCAGGAGGCUGCCAUUGAGCAGCCUGUGGCUCCCCGACCUACAGCGCUGAGCCCGGAAUAUUUGUCUUGGCCAGCAUCAUCCCCCUACAGCUCUGUGCCUCCCUACAGCCCCGGAGGCUCAAGUCCUACAACCCCCGGGGUCAACAUGGCCAACAGUAUCGCCAGCCUGCGCCUCAAAGCCAAAGAGUUUAGCCUCCACCACAGCCAGGUGCCCACAGUGAACUGACAGUGUGCGCUGGAUCCAGCCUCCUUCCUGGCCCAAUGAUAGACAGCACCAAUGGAAGUGGCCUUGUCUGUUCCUGUCCCCAGAGACACUGGGCAGCUUCUCCUGUGCCUUCUCUUCAUCCCAGCUUCCUGAGUUCCAGAGGCCUGCUGGGUACUGGAAGUGCAGUUGAACAUCACUCUGUCUAUGGUGGCUGAGAUUGUGGCCUGAGGUCCCUGGAAUGGCCUGGCCGGAAGGCGGAACAGGAGUCCGCCAAGGAACUCACUUACUUGUGUAUUAAAACCAAAAAGCUUUUGUCUUUAAGGA